AUGGCUGGACAGCCGGCCAUCUUUCACGCCCUGCUGCGGCCAGUCAUCCUCCAGAUCCUGCGCGCCACGGGCUACCAUGCCACCAAGGGUGCCGUGCUCGACUCGCUGACGGAUCUGGCCGCGCGAUACAUGCUCACGCUGUGCGAGAAGACGGCAGCCCACGCCGUGCAUGCACGCGGUGACGCGGUAGAGUAUACUGUCGUUGAUCUACGCAUGGCCCUGCAGGACGCCGGUGCCCUCAUGCCUGAGCGGACAGCAGCAGAGCAGGACUGGCGGCACGAUGAGGAGGACACAUCCGGUGUCGAUGAGUUUCUCGCUUGGUUCUCCGGGCCCAUGAUGAGGGAGCUCCUCGACGUCGGCAAAGGCGACGGCGAGUCGGAUGCGACCGAUUACCUGAGCUCUCUGAAAAAGAAGCACAGUAAAGCGGGCGAGGACUCGAAAUGGAACGGCACCAUCAUCGGCAAACCUCUCGACACAGUCAAUGAGGUCCAGGUCGAGGGCGGGCCCGCAACCAGCAUCGACGAAUGGGUCAUGCAGCGUAGCAAGGACUACUUCAACCCUCAGAGUGCCCCGCAAGAUAUGGAAAUCGACGUCGACGGUGUCAACACGAACGGCCACCGCAACCCCCCUUCGCCAUCCGCCAGCUCCGGCUUAAGCUCGGUCGGCGAUCGACUUGACGACGCCGAGGUGGAUGCGAUGGACGUCGUCGGCGCUUGA